UUGGAGUGCAGUGCAAUAAACCGUCUGAGAACCAAGGUUAUUAACUGUGUUACCAGGGAGGUGAGAGCGACGACAGGGGAGAGGACAGAUAGGAAAACUCUCUGCAUGUUGGCCCUCGCGCCUUCUCGCCAUUCGACAGCGUUGUUCCCAUCGCUGGGUUCAUCCGGCUCAGAGUAUAGAACAACACGGGGAGCGACUGGGCACGAGGUCCUGGCUUGGCUACACCACAGGGUGGCGCUGAUGGGACCAAUGUCACGGCCGAGGAUCUUUUUGUCUUCGCGCACACACCGCACCGUGGACACGGCCCCGGCUGCUACGUAGCGUCGGAGGGGGAGGGUCUUCCCCUCUUCCAGCCUUUCCAUUGGUUUUACAGGCAGCCCGGUGGAGAUGGGGGUACCUCUAAUCAUAUCCAGCAUGUUUUGCACAAGAAAUGUCAGCCAGAAAGGGCUAUCUUCUCCCGUCGCCAAAAUAUACUACAAUAAUGUCAUGCUCCGAGAGUUCGCCAGGUAAUGCGUUUUUAGUGGAUUCCCUGAUCAACGGCCGAACCGAUGGCGGCGCGGUGCACUAUCCAGGAAGCGCGGUGUGUGUGCCCCAGAGCUCCGCCACAGAACUACCGUACGGACUUCACAACUAUGGAUACUUCCCAGGUAUGGGCAAACGGGGCGAGGUCGGCUCCCAUAACGUCGUGUCCGGCUCAGGCGCAUACAUGUCCGGCAUGGAGAUGUGGAUGGACGCGCAAAGGUCAUGUCGAAUGGACCAAGAACAGACUGUCGGUCCCCAGGUCGCGCCGUGCUCGUUCCCACAGAACAUUAAGGAAGAGAGCAACUACUGCCUGUACGAGCCACAGAAGUGCUCUAAAGCAGCCACUGCGGAAAACCUCACCUAUUCGAGGUUAGGUACGGUCGGUUCAGUUUCUGGAUCGUGUACGGUUACCGAUGGCGGUGACGGCGGAUCAGUGCCCGUGCCGGGCUACUUCCGCUUGUCUCAGAUCCACGCACAUUCUCAUAAAAUGUACAACGGCCCCCAGCCGAACCCUUCCCAUUCCCAUUUUGGCAUACACCCCCCUACUCCUGUUCGUUUUCAUACACCAACAAACCCGAAAUCUCCCGUUCAAGUCGCGACGCAGGAAAGCAGAACCACUGAGGGCUCCGUCUCAUCUGGGAACGUUACCCUGCUGUCUCACCACGCACCCUUAGGAGAGGAGCAGAGACGAGGCUCAGAAGAGGAUACAGAAGAGUCAUCUGCAGAGGAGACGGAAGGAUUUGAAAAAGAGGGUGCUGCACAUGGCAGGAAAGGAGACACAAAAAGUGAAACCCCGGCCAACUGGUUGACAGCAAAGAGCGGCCGGAAGAAACGUUGUCCAUACACCAAGCAUCAGACACUGGAACUCGAAAAGGAGUUCCUCUUCAACAUGUACCUGACUCGCGAGCGUCGCCUAGAGAUCAGUAAGGGCGUGCACCUGACCGACAGACAGGUCAAAAUCUGGUUCCAGAACCGCAGAAUGAAGCUGAAGAAAAUGACAAGGGAGAAUAGGAUACGCGAGCUCACGUCCAACUACGGGUUUUCAUGAUGAAAAAUGUGGUACCAUCUGAGAUCAAAUGAAUAUGGUUGAACGUCAUUAUCUUUUCACCGUUCAUUUAGAAUAUUUUAAUAUUGGACACGUUUGCUAAAAAGCGAACUGUCAAUGCAUUGUCAAUGACCUACUGAAAAAAAUGUUAUGUAAUUUUCCAAUUUGGUCUUGUGUAUAUGUGAUUGGUUUCUGAAAAUUAUGUCGUCAGGCUGGAUAGAUAUCAGCGAAUAAAUCCCUUUUCAGUGAGUAUAUCUCUCUUUACAGGCCUAAAUGUAUUAUAGACUUGUAUAUAUAUAUAUAUAU